CGAAGUCCUAAACGUCGCGCGCGCGUUUUGUCUCUUCCCACUUGCCGUAGCCGACAGCUUCGCACAACAACAGCGGUGUAUGGUGAGUUACACAUCCUGCGAAGCUUUGCUUUACCCCUUUUACCCCUUUACAGUGAGGAGCAGCAGAAGCAGCCCUUCCUCCUGCUCGUGUGUGGGGCAUCUGAGGGACAGAUUAAGUCCACCAUGCUGCUUCACCCGCAAUGAGGCGACAUGGAUAAGCUGAAGAGUCUGGGUGAGGAGGAAAGCUCUCAGGAGCGAGGAUUGCUGCAUACAUGGAGGGGCUACUCCUAUAGCGUCACUCCAGAAAAAGUGCUCCUGUCUCGACCCGUGCUCCAGGCGGCCCUCGGGGCAAAACACGGAGUCCUGCUCCUAGAUGGUGGGCAGGUAUACAGUUUUGGAGAUUUACCAUGGAAACAGAACCCAUCAUUUAUGAAAACGACAGACCCCGUAUUGGAGGCGGGGUUCAGCGAGAAGCACGUGGUUGCCGUGGCAGCGGGGACGCUCCACAACGGGGCGUUGACGGAGGAUGGAGCCGUGCACAUGUGGGGGGACAAUUCUUAUGGCCAGUGCGGACUGUCUGGACUCUCGGUCGUCCCCAAUCCCACACCUGUGGGUGUGGUGGCCUGUGAGACCACCCCCCCUCGUCCAGUCAGGAUAGUGGAGUUGGCAUGUGGUGAACAGCACACCUUGGCACUUUCAGUUGCACAUGAAGUGUGGUCGUGGGGAAGCGGCUGCCAGUUGGGGUUGAACGCUACGUCUUUUCCUGUCUGGAAACCCCAGAAGGUGGAGCACCUAUCCGGGAGGCAUGUGCUGCAGGUGACAUGCGGAGCCUCUCACUGUCUUGCGUUGGUGCGCUGCUCACCUCCUCCUCAAGACUCACGAAGACCUCCAGAAGACAAAUGCGGGCAGUGCAAUCAAUCGCUUUACACAAUGACUGACAAGGAGGAUCAUGUCAUCAUCUCAGACAACCACUACUGCCCCCUCGGGGUGGAACUUGAAGAAGAUGACAACAAAUCUGCCCUGGAACACGGCUUAGCCCAAGGAAAUUCAAUGGGAAAGAUGAAAAGUUCUCCGUCAGAACCGGUUUUAAUGAUGCAUACCCAUAGCCCCAAGUCCACCUUUCCUUCCACGUCUAGUCCUUCUCAAGCUCCUCUUCCUGUUUCUGAAGCUCUGAAUCAGGUUCAGAUUGCAAGGGAAGCAGUUGUUGGGUCAGUGUCCAAAGACCUGAAAGAAUCUCAGGAUCCAGUGACUAAUGGUGAGGUGUUUGGAGCAGCCACAGAGCCAGCAGCUCAUGAGACGGAGAACUCUGAGAUUACUCAAGGGUCGACCGGGACAGGACCUAAAACCACUCAGUAUCCAGAUGAACAGGCGCUUAAAGAUUAUCUGAAGAGACUUUCGGAACAGACGUUGGCUGAGCAGGCAGAGUUCAAGAUACCAAGUACUGCUCCAUGUGCUCAGCCUGUCACUGAGCCUGGUGUUGUUUUUACCUUGGACCCCUCAACCCCAGUGGCACAAUCGGUCACCCCAAUUGGCUCUGCCCUGAAUAACCUGGUGGUCUCGUAUGCAUCGGCUGUCGGGGAGCGAGUCGCAUCCACGUAUGAGGCCAUCUCUUUAAGGAAGAUGAUCAGCUACUGGGGUCCAGGAGAGGAGAGGGUGCGUCAGGAGGAGCACAAACAAGGCAAGAAAAGCUCAAGUCUCGGGGACAUCCGUGAAGAGGAGGCAGAGGGGCUGAGUCGCCGCCUCUCGCUCCCCGGCUUGCUCUCACAGGGUACAUGCGCUCUCCAUAUCUUAUACCACCACAUGCUGUCCCCGCGUCUCUUACGGAGGACGAGUCGCACACGUGACCACACAGUUGCCCUCACCCCAGCUGGCGUGGCAGAAUCAGACUCCCGCUUGCCCUCUCUGCAGACGGAGGUGUGGAGCUGGGGGCGGGGCCAGGAAGGGCAGCUUGGGCAUGGAGACGUCCUUUCCAGAAUGCAGCCGUUCUGUAUUAAAAGUCUGAGUGGUAAAGAGGUAGUACAAGUGGCUGCAGGUGCCUUCCAUUCACUCGCUCUGACUGCCCAAUCACAGGUGUACUCCUGGGGCAGUAACAGCUUUGGUCAACUUGGGCACAUGGAAUCCCCCAGCACUGUCCCUCAUCCAGCCAAGCUGUCGGAGGGGAUUCGCGUGUGGGAUGCCGCUGCAGGACAGCAUCACACUCUCUUACUGGCUGAUGGAGACUGCCCUCAGCCAAUCCUCUACUACAGCGGGCAGCAGGUGAAAGAGGUGAAGGAAGGAUCGGCGGAGGCGGCUCUGGAGGAAAGCGGAGGUUACACACAGCAGCCUGUACUACUGCCCUUCUGCAUGAACCUGGGCUACGUGAGCACUGUGAGUGCAGGUGGACAGUUGUGUGCAGCGAUGUCUGACCAUAGCUUGGUGGGUUUAAUCGCCAGCCUACACGAGCUGGCAGCAGCCGAGAGAAAGUACUACUGCAAACUGACCAACAUCAAGAUUGUGCUUCUGCAGCCACUGCUUAAACUGGAUUGUCUAAGCUCUGCUCUCGGACCCGCCUUCACCGGCCUCCUCCAGAAUCUGAUUGGUCGAUUCAGCCGCCUGUCACACCUGACUGGUCAGAACUCAGCAGCCUUGACCUUUGUCCUGCGACGAUCACAUGAUCUUAGAGGCCUGGUUCUCGUUGACAACGCACAUCUGUUCCUGGACACAUAUUCUGAGUUCUCCGCUGCAGUUGGAAACAUGCUGGUCAUGGGCAGCUUUCAGGCUCUUGUAAAACCUUGCCAGGAUGUGUUUAGGAAGAAUUACGAGAAGCUCCAGAAACUGUCCGAGUGUUCAGAAGAAGGCGCGACCCUAGCAGACAUUCUGGCUCAUCUCUUUUACCUUCCCAUCCGCCAUCUCUCUGAGUACAGCCACCUUCUGCUCAAACUCGCGUGCUGCUACGAUUCUAGCUGUGUGGACCAUCAGAAGCUGCAGGAGGUCGGCUCGAAGUACGACACUCUGGCUCUUCAACUUAACAGGAAGAGGAAGGAGGCGGAGUACACGCUGCACUUCUGGAAGACGUUUCCUGGAAAGAUGACCGACUCCCUGCGUAAACCGUCUCGCCGUUUGGUGUGUGAGAGCAGCAACAAAGCCCUGAGCCUGCAGAACGCCGGCCGCUUCUCCGUCAACUGGUUCAUCCUCUUUAACGAUGCUCUCGUUCACGCUCAGUUCUCCACUCAUCAUGUCUUCCCGUUGACUACGCUGUGGGUGGAGCCGAUGUCUGAUGAGAACGCCGGACUGUACGGGUUGAAACUAACGUCGCCGGAGGAAAGCUUCACGCUGCUGGCGUCUUCGCCAUCUGAAAAGUUGAAGUGGUUGCGUGCCAUAAAUCAGGCAGUAGAACAGGCACUGAGUGGGGCGGGGUCAAAUUCAGCUCCUCCCACCUCCGAAGCAGGAUCGAGAGCGGACCCGCCCAUUUCCCGUACCGCCUCCUACACCUUCUACAAGGACAGCAGGUUGAAGGACGCCUUAUACGAAGGCCGCUGGGUGGCAGGCAAACCCCAUUGGAGGGGCACGUUAAAAUGGCCAGACGGAAGGACUUACACCGGGACAUUUAAGAACGGAUUCGAGGACGGGUUUGGUGACUAUAUUGUUCCGAACAAGACCCUUAAUAAGAGUGAUCAUUACCAGGGCCAGUGGAAGGAUGGCAAGAUGUGUGGAUUCGGGACCUUCAGGUACGCCACAGGAGAAGUGUACGAGGGCUCGUUUCAGGAUAACAUGCGCCACGGCCAUGGCAUGCUGCGCACCGGCAAACUUAACUCCACCUCCCCCAGCGUGUUCAUCGGCCAGUGGGUGAACGACAAGAAGACCGGUUACGGCGUGUUUGACGACAUCACGAGAGGAGAGAAGUACAUGGGUAUAUGGCAGGAUGAUCAGAAGCAGGGGAACGGCGUGAUCGUCACACAGUUUGGUCUCUAUUACGAGGGCGCUUUUAGCAACAAUAAAAUGAUGGGGAUGGGGGUUUUACUUUCAGAAGACGACACCACAUUUGAGGGGGAUUUCUCAGAAGAUUGGACUCUUAAUGGGAAGGGAACACUGACGAUGCCAAAUGGUGAUUACAUUGAGGGUUCCAUCAGUGGUGUUUGGGGAACUGGUCUGAAGAUAUCAGGGUCCUACUACAAACCCAACCUGUAUGACUCGGACAAGUACAAGAGCCGUGCUCUUAAGCUGGGUCGGUUCUCCGUGCACCCUGAGGAGAAGUGGAAGGCAGUGUUUGGUGAGUGCUGGAGCCAGAUGGGAUGUGACCCAACAGGACAAGGAGACACCAAGACUGCCUGGGACAACAUCGCUAUAGCACUCACUACUAACAGGAGACAGCACAUGGAGAGUCCUGAGCUGCUGAGUCGUUCCCAUAGUAAAACUCUAGAGAGUCUGGAGUUCAUUCCUCAGCACGACGGACCUGUUACGCUGGAGAAAUACGACAUCAUCCGCCGCUACCUCAUCAAGGCGUGUGACACGCCGCUGCACCCGCUGGGGCGGUUGUUGGAGACGCUGGUAGCAGUGUACCGGAUGACGUACGUGGGCGUCGGAGCAAACCGCAGGCUGCUGCAGCAGGCCGUCAACGAGAUCAAAUCCUACCUCAGUCGCAUCUUUCAGAUUGUCAGAUUCCUUUUUCCUGAUCUUCCAGAGGAAGGCGGGUUGCUGUUUGAGGCUCCAGAAGAAAAGAAGGAAUCGAAGACGACUAGCAGCGAACUCGAGUCUCCAAAACCAGGGCAUGUGGUCAGUAGUUCAGCUCUGCUCCUGCCUGUCCUGCUGCCACGUCUCUACCCUCCUCUCUUCACUCUGUACGCUCUGGACAAGGAGAAAGAAGACGACGUGUACUGGGACUGUGUGUUGCGUCUCAACAAGCAGCCCGACCUCGCGCUUCUCGCCUUUCUCGGAGUGCAUCAGAAAUUCUGGCCUGUGAACAUCACAACAUACGGUGAAAAGCAACAGGUCCUUCCCAGCACUAAAGAUGGCUGUUUUGCUUCAGCUGUGGAGACACUACAACAAAUCAGCACAACUUUCACUCCAUCAGACAAGCUGCAGGUCAUCCAGAUGACUUUUGAGGAGAUAACCCAGGAAGUUAUUUGCUUACUUAAACAGAACUUCCUGUGGUCUAUGGAUGAUCUGUUUCCCGUUUUUCUCUACGUGGUGCUCCGUGCUCGAAUAAGGAACUUGGGGUCAGAGGUCAGUCUGAUAGAGGACCUCAUGGACCCGUGUGUGCAGCACGGAGAGCACGGCAUCAUGUUCACCACUUUAAAGGCGUGUUAUUAUCAAAUUCAGCAUGAGAAGAUCACAUAAGGAGGACAUCCAUGAGCCGACUGACCCAUACUAUCAUGAAGAACGUGAGAGAUGGUCAUGGGCCGGGUCAAGAUAUCACCAUGCAGCAGCCGGACAGGCAAACCCCCCCUCUUCCUGCUCAUUCUUGUGCCGUCGUCUUCUUUUUUCAUCUCUUUCACUAUAAUUUUUUUUUAGACUGUACCAUUUAUCUCAUCUCUGUGGAUUUCUAUAGGGAUCCAGUUUUCUUUCCUUGAGAAGGUUUAUAUAUAUAUAUAUAUAUAUAUAUAUAUAUAUAUAUAUAUAUAUAUAUAUAUAUAUAUAUAUAUAUAUAAUAUAAAUAAAUAGUUUUAUUUAUUUAUAUAUAAUAUAUAAUAUAAUUUUUUGAAUGUAAAACAUGCUCGUUUCUGAGGCACAUGAUGGACGCCAUGAAAGGUGCCAUUAUUUUUGCUUUUCCUCCAAAACAACAAAACUGGUCACAUGCUGCUCCAACAGCCAAUCAGAUGCAUGGCAUUUUUUUUGGUUGGAUAUCAUUGAUUUUUUGUUAAUUUUUUUAAAAACAUUUUUUUUUUUUAUUGUAUACACAUUUUUUUUUUGUUAAACUGGGAAGUGUUUCCAGUGUUUCGCAGCCCUUGUGCCACGGUCCAGUUCAUUUUAGGUAUUUUUUUAACCAUCUGUACUAUAAACGCACUACUCUCUCACAGAAGCACAUGUAUUUUUUUGUGAUUUUUUUGGGGUCCUUGUGUGACAAUCGUGUUGUGUGUGUGUAAGAGAAAGAAAGCACGACCGAACGAGUGUGUGUGUUGCAAAGAGCAAUAGCUUUUACAGUAUUCCGAACUGAGCGCGAUGUCGAACGCGAUCGUUUUUAAUAACCAAGGUUUUAUUUAUUGGAGAUCGACACGUCCAGUUGCAGUGUUGAUCUGUACAUCGUACCUGGAUAAUUUACAACGUCGACACUCGUCUUACCGAAGAAACUAAAGGACCAAUGCUGACGUGGAUUUCGUGUAAUCUUAGAGCGAAGCAAAAAUUCAGACACUGGUAUUUCAGAGGAUGAUUUUUUUUCUUCCAGUUGGUUUGACCGAAUUUUCAGACAGUGUUGGUCUCCUCCAGUACUUGAGUGUGUAAAUGUUGUCUUUCCAGGACAUUGUGACGGUUUGUCCAGUUGGUACUUUCUGUCCAGAAUUGUCUUUGUACCUACAUGCGGCAAUAAAGUGGCUAAUGGAAUGUUUA